AUGCUACCCAGCUCAGCAUCUACCAAUCCCACGAUCGUCCUUGUUCACGGGGCCUGGCGUUCGCCUGAAUGCUUCGAUAGUCUCCGCAAAGUGCUUGAGGACCGUGGCUAUCCAACGGAGGCGCCUGGCCACCCUUCAGUGGGAGCCGAGCCGCCGACCAAGACACUAGAGGACGACGUUAUCAAUAUGCAGAUAGUAUUGAAUAGGCUGAUCGAGGACGAAGGGAAAGAAGGCGUCCUUGUGGGCCAUUCAUACGGCGGAACCGUGCGCGCCACCUUAUUUUAUGGACUGGGCGGUGCGUGGGCACCGUGGAUGAGAUUCAAUGACCGCCCCGGGCCCCGGGGGGGGGGGGGGGGGGUUUGUUCUGCGAAAGAAGGGGGAGGUUGUUCUGCGAAAGAAGCAGGAUACAUCAAGGGGCGAAUACUCUUAUGCCUCUGA